UCCCGGGGUCGCGCGCAGGGGCUCGCGCCUCGCCUCGCCACAAUGGCCGCCGGGCGCAGCGCUUCGCUCCGUUGAGGAGGACGAGAAGAAGAGCUCCCGCCGCCCGUCUCUUCGUUCCCGCGCCGCUCUCCAUCUCAAAACUCUCCGUCGUCGUCGCCGUCUUCGCCUCGUUUUACCCGUGGUUAUUUUAUUGUUUUUUUUUUGCUGCGCGCGCUGCGACCCGACGACGCGUAAUCUCCCUUCACGGCUGAGGCGCGGCGCUCGGGGGGUGGGGAGGGAGAGGGUCGCAGUCGCCGCCAUCAUCGGCCGCUGUCGUUUUUGUCGCCGCCGCCGCCGCCUGCUGCUGCUGUUGCCGCCGUAGCUGUUUUUGGUGGCCGCUGGCGUCUUCUCCGCGCGGGGCGGGAGGGGGAGUUUGAGCUCAUCGUGAGGCGAGGAGCCCGCGCCAAGCCGCCAUAUUAAUCGACUCCGCGGCCACUGCCGUUAUCGACACACCACCUCUUCGUCUUCUUCAUCGUCGUCGUCGUCUCUCCGCUGCCACCACCCGGCUCGGGAGGAAGAGAGGGGAGGAGAGUGGAAGCGCAGCGACCGGGUCUUCCCUCACCGACCGACCGCUCGCCCCCUGCCGAGCCGCUGUGUCCGCGUCCUCUUCGCAGAGAAGCGAGAGGCAGGCGGCUUUCUCCACCGCGGGAAGACGAGGUUGGGGUGGAGGGUAGGUGACGAGGUGUGAUUGGAUUGCGAAACUUUGCCUCGGACGAGGUGGCCCGGGAAUUAUUAUUUGGUGCAGUGACGUCACAGACGUAAACAGUGGGGGGAGAAAGAAGUAGGUCGUCGUCGGCAGCGCACGGAUACAGCAGCCACAGCAGCCACAGCCGCCGCCGCGGAGGCUGUGGGAGUGACGCGGCGGCCCGGCAUGGCCGCCCCGCGCUAGAGAGUCGAGCGAGGCGGAGCGGCGGCCCCUGUUGACUCCUUCAGCGGCUCCUGCCUGCACGCCCGCCCGCCCGGCACGCCAGCCUGCCCAGCACGCACGCACGCACGCGGACCCUCCCACGACUGCUCCCCACCCCCCCUCCACUAACCCUCCACCCCUCUUUACCCCGCCGCACCCUCGCCCUCGGCACCCCCCAACCCCACACCACCACCACCACCCCCCCACACACGCCACAGAUGCGCGGCUCCGGGAGCUUUCCGUGCGCCGGGCCCCGCGCCUGAAUGCGCGGCGGUGGCGGCCGCGGCGCCCCCAGCCUCACUCUGUCCUCGCCGCGCGCGAUGGGUCUGGAUUUCGACGUGAAAACAUUCUGCACGAAUCUUCGCGCCACCAAGCCCCCCUACGAGUGCCCCGUGGAGAGCUGCGGCAAGAUCUACAAGAGCUACAGCGGCAUCGAGUACCACCUGUACCACUACGACCACGAGAACCCGGGACAGCCCACGCCCAUGAAGAAGCCGCGCAAGAAGGGCCGCUACAGCCGCUCCACGGUGGGCGGCCGCCGCUCCCCGUCGCCCGAGUUCAGCCGCUCGCCCAACCGCGAGACGCUGACCUACGCGCAGGCGCAGCGCCUCGUCGAGGUGGACAUCGACGGGCGCCUGCACCGCAUCAACAUCUUCGACCCGCUCGAGAUCAUCUCCGAGGACGACCUAACGGCGCAGGAGCUGUCCGAGUGCAACAGCAACAAGGAGAACACCGAGCAGCACCAGCAGCAGCAGCAGGCGCCGCCACCCACCCCGGCCAAGCCGAGCCGCCACAAGGACAAGCAGCGCAAGGACGGAGCCGGCGCCCAGCAUGGGCACGGCGGCGCCGCCGGCGGUGGAGGAGGCGGCGGCGGUCCCACGGGUGGAGGCGGUGGCGGCGGCCCGUCGUGCAAGCUGCCCGAGGCGUCGUUCCGCCUGCUGGACCACGAGACGCCGGACGCGCCGCCGCGCACGCCCGCCUACUACCGCUACAUCGAGAAGUCCGUGGACGAGCUGGACGAGGAGGUGGAGUACGACAUGGACGAGGAGGACUACGCGUGGCUGGACAUGAUGAACGAUAAGCGCAAGGCGGGCGGCGCGAGCGCCGUGUCGCAGGAGGCGUUCGAGCUGCUCAUGGACCGCUUCGAGAAGGAGUCGUACUUCGAGAGCCGCAACAAGGGCGGCCCGCACGCCCUCAUCGACGAGGACGCCGUCUGCUGCAUCUGCAACGACGGCGAGUGCCAGAACAGCAACGUGAUCCUCUUCUGCGACAUGUGCAACCUGGCGGUGCACCAGGAGUGCUACGGGGUACCCUACAUCCCCGAGGGCCAGUGGCUCUGCCGCCGCUGCCUGCAGUCGCCCUCGCGGGCCGUGGACUGCGCGCUGUGCCCCAACAAGGGCGGCGCCUUCAAGCAGACGGACGACGGUCGCUGGGCGCACGUGGUGUGCGCCCUGUGGAUCCCCGAGGUGUGCUUCGCCAACACCGUCUUCCUGGAGCCCAUCGACAGCAUCGACAACAUCCCGCCGGCCCGCUGGAAGCUCACAUGCUACAUCUGCAAGCAGCGCGGCUCGGGCGCCUGCAUCCAGUGCCACAAGGCCAACUGCUACACGGCCUUCCACGUGACGUGCGCCCAGCAGGCGGGACUCUACAUGAAGAUGGAGCCCGUGCGCGAGACGGGCAACGCCGCCUCGUCGUCCGCCUCGUCGUCGGCGGCGGCAGCGGCGGGGGCCGCGGGGGGCUCGAGCUCGUCGGCUGCCGCGGCGGCCGCGGCGGCGGCGGCAGCGGCGGCCGCCUCCGGCGUGGCGGGUUCGUCGUCGUCGUCGGCGGCCGCGUCGUUCAGCGUGCGCAAGACCGCCUACUGCGACGUGCACACGCCGCCGGGCUCGGUGCGCCGCCCGCUGCUGCUGUCGAGCGAGCCCGAGGAGGAGGAGGAGGAGGAAGAGGAGGAGGAGGAGAAGAAGGGCGCCUCGGCGGCGAGCAGCGAGAAGGCCAAGAAGGCGAAAGCCAAGUCGCGGCAGAAGAUGAAGAAGGCGCGCAAGAUCCUGGCCGAGAAGCGCGCCGCCGUGCCCGUGGUGUCGGUGCCCUGCAUCCCCCCGCAGAGGCUGAAGAAGAUAGUGAGCCGGGUAACGAUGCAGAGGAAGAAAGAGUUCAUGACGAGGUUGCAGAGCUACUGGACCCUGAAGAGGCAGUCGAGGAACGGCGUGCCCCUGCUGAGGAGGCUGCAGUCGCACUUGCAGUCCCAGCGGAGCGCCGAGCAGCGGGAGAACGACGAGAAGAACAGCGCCCUGAAGGAGCAGCUCAAGUACUGGCAGAGGCUGCGGCAGGACCUGGAGCGCGCGCGUCUGCUCAUCGAGCUCAUCCGCAAGCGAGAGAAACUCAAGCGGGAACAGAUCAAGGUGCAGCAGGCGGUGCUGGAGAUGCAGCUGACGCCUUUCCUGGUCCUGCUGCGGAGGUCACUUGAACAGCUGCAGGAGAGGGACACGAACAACAUCUUUGCUGAGCCCGUGUCCAUAGAGGAGGUUCCGGAUUACCUGGACUACAUCAAGAAGCCCAUGGACUUUUCGGGCAUGCGGGCACGCCUGGAGGCGCAUGGCUACUGCACACUGGACGAUUUUGAGAACGACUUCGACCUGAUCGUGGCGAACUGCAUGCAGUACAACAGCAAGGACACCAUCUUCUACAAGGCGGCCGUGCGGCUACGUGACCAGGGUGGUGCCAUCCUGCGGCAGGCCCGGCGGCAGGCCGAGAAGAUUGGCUUCGACUACGCCACUGGCAUGCAUCUACCCACGGCACCGCUGCUCAUCGAGCCGCCCGUGCUCAAGUGGGAGGAAGUGGACAACCUGCUGCUGGCGGAGAACCGGGUGCACAUGUCGCUGGAGGAGCAGCUGCGGGAGCUGCUCGAAAAGCUGGACUUGACGACGAGCAUGCGCCUGGGCGGUGCACGCUCGCGCCGCGCCAAACUCCUGCGCAAGGAGAUAAACGUGGUGCGGCGAAAGAUGUCGACACACCACGAGGGCACAAGGCGGGGCAGCAGCGGUAGCGGCGGUGGGGCCCAGCAAAGGAGCAACGGGGAGCUGUGUAGCCCGGUGACGAGGACACGCGCAAACGGCGUUGGCGAGGAGGCGGCCAGCACCGCUGCCGCCACCACGCCGCCGGCCAUUGGCGCUGACGGCAACAAAGACUCGGCGACUUCGCAGUCCUCGCCCGUGUCGGACGUCGGCCGGCGCACCUCAGUGCUCUUCACUCGCAAGUGCCGAGGGGGCACGCGGCGAGGCCCCGGCCGUGCAAGCCGGCACGCGGACCCCGACACGUGCGCGGACGGCGCCGAAGGCGGGCAGGGAGCGGGAGACGCCGCCGCCAACGCCGCCUCCAAUGCCGUUUCCCCCGCCGCCAACUCGAGAAAGCGCGCGCGCAGCUCCAGCGCAUGCUCGGACACGGACGCCGGCGCCACGAGCACACACAUGCACAAUGGGCUGAGCAAUGGCUAUGAAAAUGGCUCGGAUGGCGAGGAGCCGCGCUCUAAUCACAGCGAAAUGCAUCGUCUCUCCUGCGGCUCCGACUCCGACUCUGGCUCAAGCUUCAACAGCAGCGACCACAGCAGCGGCUCUGAGAAAAAGAACGGACAGGGAAAGCGGGGACACGGUCCGGACGAUGGCACGAUAGAAAACGGAGACCUGCCCGCGUUCUCGGACCCAGAGGCGCAGUGUGGACGGGGAAAGAAAGGGCUUGGGAAAUCCACAGCUAACCUGAAGGGACCCAACCGGCCGAACAUCUGGUUCUCCGAAGACGUUGACACGCCAAUGGAACCGCUCGACCUGGUUUGGGCAAAGUGUCGGGGCUACCCAUCCUACCCCGCACUGAUAAUUGACCCGAAGAUCCCUCGGGAAGGCUUCUACCACAACAGUGUGCCGAUCCCGCUGCCGCCGAUGGACGUGCUGACACUGGGCGAGGCGAUGGCGGCCGAGGCUGGGGAGAGUCUCUUCCUGGUGCUGUUUUUUGACAACAAGCGCACCUGGCAGUGGCUCCCACGCUCCAAGCUGAUGCCGCUGGGCAUCGAGGAGAGCCUGGACAAGCUGAAGAUGAUGGAGGGCCGCAAGUCCAACAUCCGCAAGUCCGUGCAGAUCGCCUACGACCGUGCCAUGACCCACCGGAGCCGAGUGCAGGGAGAGAACAGUGACUCGAGCGACGUAGAGUGAGCGAGCGCCUUCCUGCCCUCCCCGACCCUGCGUAUUUCCCCGCCUUACCUCAAUCACUGAUGAAAGUGAGCUCUGGCCGCGGCGCCACAGACUUCUGCUCCAGUAGUAGGGGAGGCUGCUCGGUGUGUGGUGGCCUGACUGUGCCGGGGCCCCCACCGCUCCCUGGGUCCCACGCGGCAGCAUCUCCCGACUGCCGCCGCCACCCUCUGCCCGCCUCGCCUGAUUUUAAUGGACUUCAGCCAGUGAAGCCUGCGGGAGCGCAGAUGUGUUGUGCCGUCACGGCAACACCACUUGUACUUGUUGCUGUACAAAGGUGUUUUAAAUUCCCGCUUUUACGCGCUCUUUGUUUUCCAAGUGGCGACGCUGUAAAGAUGCCUUCUUAUGGAUGGACUUUGGUUUUACAGAGUGUGUAUAUUAUUCUUCACAGCCCUCUUAAACAGAAGGCGGCGCCCGCGUUAUAUCUGUGGUAUCCGAACUAUUCACUUGAACUGUUUUUUGACACAUUGUCUAAUGAAAAGUGAUGUGACUUUUGUUAAAUGUGCAUGAUCUGGUAAACUGUAUUUUUAUACCUGCAUUAUUUUUUACUGUCACCAUCUGGCUGUACUCUGUUCUGGUCUUUUAUUUUGUGAAGUACUGGGGACCUAAAGUAGAAAUGUUAAAUGUACUGUUCUGGCAGUCUGUACUUUAUAUUUAUUGUAGAAACGAGUGCUUUGAUUGAUAGUAAUUUUUAUAAGGUGCUUGACUAGUCGGAAAGUGGUUUAUGGAAAUAUCUCUAUAUUUGUUUCAUGUUUUAUUUCAUCACAGUUCAGACUGUCAGUUUUGUUUCAAACCAAUAAAUGUGAUGAAAUCGUUUAAUUUCGUACAGAUGUGUGGUUUGCUCUCCAGCUCAUCUCCUGAUAUCUACACUUUUGUCAGUGAGAUGAAUAUAAAGUGACUACUGUGCUAUUAGUUUUUUAUGUGUAGAUAAGUGAACGACAGUUCGAUAAAAUUAAGCAAUAACAUAGCCGAGAUGUUUCUAGUUUGCAUUUUUUGUGGGAAGAUGAAUAAUAUAAGAUAAAUAUUAAAAAUAAGCCUUUUGGUCAGAGGUCCCUGAGAGUUUUGCCCAGUGUUUCCAAGGAUGGUAGGCUGACGCAAAGAAAAAUCAUCACAUGGUUGUCAAGUAUCGUUUUAAGAAUAACAUGUUUAAACUUUUAAGGAUUAUGUAAUAAUAAAGUGCCAUACAUUAAAA